CAAAUCAAAUAUCGUAACAUAUAAAACACUCGAUUCUUGUGUUGCUUGCGUUGAUUAUUGGGUUUGGUGGGUAAUUCCAGUUUUGAUAAAGUAGUUAGUUCCGUUUCGUGAUAAAAUAUUAGACGUUGUAGGAAUAAAAUAGCAUCUUAUUUGCGUAAUUUCUCUUCAUAAUUAUAUUCAUAUUAUGAUUUAAGAAUGAGUCAAGUUGUUUGUUAGAAGACGAAUCCCGAAAUCUCAAAUCCUUCUUCCUCGAAAAAGAAACGAGGGAGGGAGUGAGGCAUCAAUCAAUUUUCAAACAAACAAGGGGAAUUUGAUUCGUUCGCCAGGCCCUCAUAUCAAGACAACACACUGCACUAUUCACUCUCUCAUUACUACCAUUGCUGCCUCGCCGCUCAUCGUUCCUCCGCACGACACACCUCACAUGGUGCACGUUAUUUGUUCGACAUAAUGUUUCCAUAGCAAUAACACCCCCCCAAACCAAAACCCCACCUCAUCUUCAUUCCUCAAAACUUUUGUUAUACCUGAAUAAACAACGAAUAAGAGAGAAAUAGCAACUAAAGACGAAGACCAAGUCUGACAGAGAUGUGGAGGCGCGUGGCUUCGCUUUCUUCCUCCAUCUCAUCCUCCUUUCUUGCCCAGACAGCGUCUAGGCUCAACACUUGGGAAUCAUUAACAACAGGGAUCGCCCAACAGGCAAAAGGUGUAAUAGCCCCCAAAGAGAAAACUCCAUUCAUAACUUUUGUCCUAGGUGGCCCUGGUAGUGGAAAAGGUACUCAGUGUAUAAAGAUUGUUGAGACAUUUGGAUUCGCACAUUUGAGUGCAGGAGAUUUGUUGAGAAGGGAAAUAGCUUCUAAGAGUGCAGAUGGUGCCAUGAUUCUUAACACAAUUAAAGAAGGAAAAAUUGUCCCGUCACAGGUGACAGUCCAACUGAUACAAAAGGAGAUGGAAUUAAGUGACAAUCACAAAUUUCUCAUUGAUGGCUUCCCACGUACUGAGGAGAACCGAGUAUCAUUUGAACGAAUUAUUGGUGUAGAGCCAAAUGUUGUACUUUUCUUUGAUUGCCCAGAAGAAGAAAUGGUGAAACGUGUGCUGAAUCGUAAUGAGGGCCGAGUUGAUGACAACUUAGAAACAAUCAAAAAACGUCUUACAGUUUUUCAGGCAUUGAGUCUUCCAGUUAUUAACUACUACUCUGAGAGAGGAAAGCUCUAUACGCAAAUACUUGCAGAUCAAGGCAAUAGGAACAGAAGAUGAAAUAUUUGAACAAGUUCGUCCAAUCUUUGCUGCGUUUGAGGUGUGUUCUCAGACUGUUGGGUAAGGUUCUUGUGAAACAAGAGCAUCACAAAAACAGGAGUGUCCUUUUUACCUUGUUUUAGGGCAAAGUCAAGGCCAGCUGAGGGUCACAGGACCUUCAAAAGUUUCUAGCAAGAUGAAGAAAUGAGAAGAAAAAGAAGGAUGUAAAUCUGGUUGAGGGAAAAAACGAAGGGUGCCCAUGAUGUACUAAAAUAAUGUCUUGAAAACAGAUGCCUUUCAUUACUUUCAUAUAUAAGCUCAGUUUACUUAAAUAACAUGCAAAUAAAUAUAUGAGCUUCAAUACUUAUUGAAGCUUUCAAGUGCAGAACAAAUCAAA